GCUGACAUAAACAGCUGAUUAGUGAUUACUAAAAAAUAACCAAAAAUUGUACCUACCUAUAAACAUUAAAUUUAUUUAUUAGCGCAAUGGAGCGAAUUAUAAAAAUCGGCAAGACGUUGCGCAAUAAUUGGAAGAAAUCUGUUUUGGGAGCGGUAGUCCUGCUUUAUGGCGCUGCUACAGCAAAAGAAAAAUAUGAAAUUAGCAUCCUUAUGCAAGCAGCGUGUAAAGAGGCAGUUAAAUAUGGUGACUCAGUUAUACCAAUGGACAGAAAUCCUACCCUAGUCACUGUUAUACUUAACCCUGUGGCUAAUAAAAGGAAGGCGAAGAAGGAUUUCGAGAAAUACUGUGAACCGUUGCUGCACCUUGCUGGAUUGCAGGUAGAUGUGAUCCAGACAACUUCAGAAGGGCAUGCCAAGGAAAUAGUAGAGAGCCUGCAUGGUACUGAAGCUAUUAUUGUGGCUGGUGGCGAUGGUACACUGUCUGAAACAGUAACAGGAUUACUCCGGCGAAACGACGAGGCCAACAGAUUUCCGCUAGGCAUCCUUCCACUCGGUCGAACAAAUAGCCUCGGCAACACCCUUUUCCCAGGCGGCGAAGGAACAGACAGAGUCAAACAACUCAUACAAGCUUGUAUGGCAAUCAUAGAGAAUAAUACAACAUGGAAAAAUGUUAUGAAAAUCGAGCCGGUAGCAAAUGAAGACGAGGUACCAAGUAAGCCUAUUUACGCUCUAACUUCUAUAGAGUGGGGUGCGUUCAGAGAUACAUUAGCUAGGAAAGACAAAUACUGGAUAUACGGACCAUUACGUGAAUACGUCUCCUACAUUUUUAAUGGUUACAAGGACUCCAUAUGCUGGAACUGCUGUGGUACAUUGAAGUAUACCCCACCGUGUUCAGGAUGCAGUAAUUGUUUAAGAAGGAAACCGGUAAUUAAGAGAAAAUGGGCGUUUUUCAUGCCGACUACUCAUCAACAAACAUUGCCGCAGACAAAUUGGGCGAGCGUCGAAAACCCAGAAUGUACAAUAACUAACGAAUUGUGUUUUAAGACUUGCGAUUUCCAAAUAAAACCAAAUGUCAGUGAUGGGCUACCAAUGCUGAUCGUUGGAUUGGGAAAGAAUAACUACAGUUAUAUAGAAUUCGUCUCCGAUGGAUGGAGACGUGCUAAAUAUGGCGAUAAUAUACCGGAAGUUGUAAAAGCUAGGACAGUUGAAUUACAACCAUUGGAUAAUAAACCCGAUUUGGUUCUUUCCAUCGAUCAAGAAGAGUUUGAGGUGAAACCUGUUAAAAUAACUUUGUUACCAAAUAUGGUUAAGUUUUUCUGUAGAUCUGAAAUAAAAGGUUAAUACAGAAAGA